GAAGUCGCUAAGAGUCUUCAGGAACUUCCUAGAGGCCCUUUGAACCGGGUGACCCAUUCUCACUGAACACAACAUGUUUUCUCAACUCCUGACUUCCGCUGUGGUUUGCCCGUGUUCUGUUUUAGCUUAAGGCGAGCUAGCAAACAUGCCAGGUUGUCAUUUCCUCAUUUUCAAGCCUCGUUCCUCUCGGGGGCACGCAGGCUCGUUGGCGCUCCGGGCUGAGAAGGAUUGCUGGGCGAGCGGCGGGUCUCUGCCCCCCUUCUCCGGGGGCUCCUGGACGGGACCUUGCUCUGGACGGAAGCAUGGGCCUCUGGCUUUGGUCGCUUUACUUCCUGCCAGUAUCGGCGGCUCUGAAGAUCCUCCCGGAAGUCCACGUGGAGGGAGUGCUGGGCGGAUCCGUUGUCAUCGAGUGUCCACUUCCUAAAACGAAAGUGAGGCUCUAUCUGUGCCGGGAGACAGGUAGAACUGGCAUGUGUGCUACCGUGGUGUCCAGCACCAGCUACACCAAGAAGGAAUACAUGGGCCGGGUCACUCUGCAGCUGUGCCCAGACAAGAAUCUGUUCCUCGUGGAGGUGACAGAGCUGGCCGAAAGUGACAGUGGAGACUACGCCUGUGGGGCGGGCACAAACACAGACCGGGGGAAGACCCAGAAAGUCACCCUGAACGUCCACAGCGAGUAUGAGCCAUUCUGGGAAGAGGAGCCGAUAAUGCCUGAGCCUCCAAAAUGGUUUUAUAAGUUUCUGCAUCUGCACGUGCCGCCUUGGUUCCAGGCGCCUACACACGCCAGUUCUUACAAAUUCACAUCCAAAGUUACCACGCAGGCUCAAAGGACGGAGGCCCCUCCAGCCCACCGCCCCUCCCCCACCACCCUAACCAUCCGCCACCCUCGAGUUUCCAGAGCAUCUUCAGCAGCGGCUACCAAGCCCCCAACCCUCCCGCCAUCCACCGCAGCCUCGAAGAUCUCAGCUCGGGAGAGGCUGCUCGGGCCGCGGACGGCCGGCUACGGCCACCACACCAGGCUGCACAGGCAGAGGGCACCCAACCGUGCUCAGCGGCGGGCGAAGCCCGGGUUUCACAUCCUCAUCCCGACCACCCUGGCCUUUUCCUGCUGGUCCUUUGGGCUGUUGGUGAAAAGGCCGUUCAAAGGGAAAGGGCGAGUGCGCCGCCUGGCCCUGAGGAUGCGCGCCCUGGAGGCGUCGCAGCGGCCCUGCGCAGCGCCCGCUCGGCGCGGCGCGCGCUCCCAAAAAACGUUACAGCGCCUGCCCGCGCGCCUCGGCCCGCUGACGCGGAGCGGACUGGACGUCCGGGUCCCAGGCCCCGGCACCUCCGCGCCCCCCGCGCCCCCCGCGCCGCCGCAGGACUCUGAAGCUCCCUGGCUCCACGCCUCGUCUUUGAAGACCAGCUGUGAAUAUGUGAGUUUCUACCACCGGCCUGAUGCCAAGACGGAGGACAGUGAUUCAGAUGACUAUAUCAAUAUUCCUGCCUUACUCACCUCCCCGGAUGGCCCCCCAAGCCCGGACGGUGACGCCAAUGACUCUUGUCUCUCUGCUGAUUUCCAAUACCCGCUGCAUUUGUCCUCAGAGCCCUCAUCACAUCCCGUGCCCCAUCUCAACUGUCACCCCCAUGUCUCUGUGCCCUGAGCAUGGCUGUGCCUCCAGCUCCUCUUACACACGUCUGCAGCCCCCUCUGGUUGUCGGGAGGUGGGGUGGGGGUUCUCGGCAUGCAGAGCAUUUGUCCCAGGGCCACUGGCUCCCUUUCCAAGCCAUCUGACAGGCUGUGGGAUUCGCAGAGUGUUUCCUCAAUGUCUUUCAUCACAGGGUCUUUGCAGCCCUGGCUCUAGAUCACAUGGCGACAGGCUGGAGCACAGGCAUAGCUGUGGCUUCGGGGACCCUUCCCAGGCCUUGCACAACUACAAGGCUCUCGGUCUGCAUCAUGAGGACGUGGGCCAGCCCCAUGAGCCAGGCAGGGGUCUGGUAUGAAAACACUCCUGGGAACAUCUUUGCCCUGAUCCAAAAGUUGGCACUUGCUAGUGAGCUUCUACCAAGUUUCUAUGGUAAGGGCAAUCUAUUCUGAUGUAAUGACGCAUUGUAAAUUUUCAGAACCAGGCUUGUUAGUGUUAGUGAGAUAUACAUAUACAUCCAUAAACCCUCUUUACUCUGUCCCCCUCCCUUGAUGCACAUAAGUACCCUGACCUUGGCAUCUCCCCUCUUUUAGGAAUCAUCUUGGUCAUCCCCUUUUCCGUCUUCCACAGCCUGGCAUUGACAUUUUUGCACUUAACUCAAUUUUGGUUUAUUUUUAACCAUCCCAAACCGUUACAUCUCUCUGCUUUCA